UGGCGCAGCAGCUUUUGCCCUCUUCAUCGCUAGCGCGAAUGAGUCACUUUUCGUCACCGUACGCACCGCCAUACGAAACUCCAUACGAGGUGUAAACCCGCUGGGGACUCAUACUGUGGCUCCCAAUCAGGUAAGACAUUGUCUGCAACAACAAUGCGCAAGGCUACAGUAGUUAUUUGCAAUGUAUAAGUAUUAUGGACUCGAUUCCUCCCGUUAGGCCUUUAUAUUCACGCAUUGAGUUUUUUCCUUCUUUGCAUGUUGAGAUACCCCUUUCUAACUCAAAAGCGUCAUGGCGGGCAUUCGGGAGACAUCAGCUUCCUUCACCAUUCCGGUGACCUCUCACGAUACAGCACUUUGCAUAUUACCGCCAGUCGAGCAGUGCGAGCACAUUGACAGCUUGCGCGAGCUCUAUGACAAGGCAUACGGAAGGUGGCCAGCUCAUAUCAACCUCGUUUAUCCAUUCGUUGUACCUGAGCGCCUGCCCCAAGCGCAACAGCAGAUUCAGGCCCAGCUUCAAAGGAACCUGGUCUCUAGCGCAACAAGACGUAUCAAGCUCGAAUCGGCAGGACUGUUCAGGCAACGACACAACAGCACCACAAUUCUACAAGAGUCUCGAGACUCAUCGGAUGGAUCCUUGGAAACACUUCGAUCCUUGGCCCUUCAGGCUCUUGGUCACAAACCCACUCGACACACGUUUCAUUUGACCGUCGGCCAGACUGUGGAUAAUUCGAUGUCUUCGCUAGAGUUCCUCAUCUCCAAGGCGCGUCUGCUUCCUACCCUGGAUUUCGAGAUUGGCUCCUUGGCCAUAUUGGUCCGUGAGCGGACAUCAGGAGAGCAUUCUGCGAAUCGAAUGCGUUUGUGGGGCUUGGUCGACACCAUCUCCCCUCCAACUGUUUCGACAGUCCCAAUGCCAGAGUAUUGGCUUAACGAUUUACCUACCAGCGCUGUAGAUGAGGAUCAGGAGGAUGAUGAGGAUGGACUAUCCAGUUCAACGGCAGCUUUCAGCCGCGCCGUACAACCUGGCAAGACCUUUUUCUUCGACCAUGCUUCAAGCAAAUGGGUGAAGAUGAUGAACCUAAAGCACAGCACCAGCCAAUCAACCUCUCUCACAGUCUCAAGUUACAAUGUUUUGGUAGAUUCGGAGUAUCCACCAGCGCGAGACCGCGACCCGCUACUUAUCACUACCUUGCUAUCAGACCCCGCCAAGGCAGACAUUGUGGUCUUGCAAGAAGUAUCUGACGACUUCCUUUCAUUUUUGCUGAAUAAUGCAGAAGUUCAGGGCCGGUAUCCUUUCACUUCACAUGGACCCCCAAGCCAGCCGGACAUUGGGCCUUUGCUCAGCUUACGAAACGUGGUUGUGAUCAGCAAGUGGCCGUUUCGAUGGGAGCUGGUACCUUUCCACCGAAGACACAAGGGUGCUGUCGUUGCAGUUUUUGACUCUAUCACCACUGAUCGCUCCUUGGUCGUUGCCGGCAUUCAUCUAACAUGUGGCUUGACUGACGGCUCUGUCACUGCAAAGAAGGUGCAGGUGCAGAACCUGUUGAACCAUCUGACGCGCCGAUACAGCAACAAUCCGUGGGUCAUUGCUGGCGACUUCAAUCUCGCCACUUCAGCACACACGAUCGCCAACGCACUGAAGGGCAAGUCAAUCACCAGCCAGACAGGCAACACUCUUGCUGCUAUCGAGGAUCAACUAAGUGGAAAUGGAAUUCUGGAUGCUUGGUCAGUCACUCGAGACGAGCAGCCUGAUGAGACGCAUUGCCUCGAUACCGACGAAUUGUUCGAGGGGGAGGAAGGCGCCACGUUCGACCCAAGGAACAACAUUCUCGCAGCUGCAACUUCAGGGACAUCUAAAAAUCGAUCACAACGAUAUGACCGCAUCCUUGUUCGGCCGUUAGAAGCACUUCGUGUUACGGCCUUCAGCAUGUUUGGGCUGCCUGCAGAGGUCAACGGCACAAGCGUAGUUCCUAGCGAUCACUAUGGAGUCAGGGCUUCAUUGCAGCUUUCGAGACCCACUGAGCAGCUAUCUCCGAAUCAUCGUGAGAUGCUCAAUGGCCUUAAAGUGGAGGUUCAACGUGCCUCUCAAGUAGCUGCUCAAGAGCUGGAGUCAACGCUUCACAGGCACCGUAUGUUCCUGACCGAAGAACAGAACUUGAAACGCCAAGCAGCUUUCGCUCUACUGAAGGGCAUCGUGCUUGGGAUUUCAACUAACAGCAGUUCAACAGCAGCUGACAUCCCACUCGUGAUGGUCACAGUGGGCUCUUUUGCAUUGGAUGUGGAUACCUCGACUUCCGACAUCGACUGCCUCUGCAUUGGCUCCAUAAGCUCGAAGACAUUCUUCAAGCUUGCGCGUCAAAGACUCCAGAAGGCUGAUAGUCAAGUCAUUCGAAUACUCCGGAAGGUCAAGGCAAGUACUGGGACCAUGCUCGAGCUUUCGGUCAAUGGUGUCCCCAUGGACCUGCAAUAUUGUCCCGCAGCCCGAGUUGUAGAGAGAUGGUCCGAGUUUGAGGACCUGCCAGCAUCCGAUCCCAUCUUCAAUCUCUCGGUUCUCUCUUUACGAAAGCUAAAGCCCUACCGUGACUUGCUAUACAUCCAACAUACCAUGCCUGACCUUGCUACCUUCGGCCUGGCAUAUCGUGCCAUCAAGCUCUGGGCCACACAGCGUGGCAUCUACUCGUCCAAGUUUGGAUUCCUGGGUGGCGUACACAUCACCCUCAUGUUGUCUUGGGUUUACAAGCGCAUUGAACACGACGUUAACACCCGCGAUUCCCAUCCCAUCGGCGCAAACGAUCUGGUAGCGACAUUCUUUCACCACUACGCUAACUUCAACUGGGCGGACGACAUGGUCUUCGAUGCCUUCUUCCACAAGCAGAGGCCUCGCUAUCACCGGACUGCGCGGGAGCCAAUGGUGGUGCUUGGUUUUCAUUCUCCGAACUCGAACAUCGCACACCAAUCGACUUUACCCGGGCUUGUGCUAUUGACGAAGGAGUUCAAGGCCGCCAGUGCACGACUGUCAGAGCCUGCUAUGACCUGGCAAGACUUUUUUGAACCAUCGGGCGCGUACAGCUUCGCCGGUAUGGGCUUCGGCGAGACCCUGUUCUUGCAGACCUACAAGAGCUACGUAAGCAUUGACAUCCAGUUCUGGGGCCGCACACUUGCGAAAGGAAAGAGCUUGGUAGGCUGGGUGGAAUCGCGUUGUCUCUCACUUGUUGUCGACACUCACAAGAACUUCCCGAACCUUGAAGUCCGACUAUGGCCCGCACGCUUCACAGAGAACAAGCAAGGAGAGCCCGAUAAGAGUAAGGACUAUCAUGGCUGCUACCUCAUCGGCCUUCAGAGAGCUGCAAAUGCGCCUUUGGCGCCCAAGAGUCAUGUCGAGCGGCAAGCAGCGAAGCAGUCUUUGGAGAAGGUCAUCAAUAGAUUCCUCAAUCAGCUCAGGACAGAUGAGAAGAACUACGACGCAAGCACAUCUUGGGUCAACGCUUUACUAGUCACACAACACGAUGUCCAAGCCCAAAAGCUUCGACUAGACGACCGCGAUUGGGGCGACUACGCAAUGGAAAUCGAGCCCGAUUCAGAUGACGAGGAAGAGCUGGACGACCCAAACGACGAGGAUGCUGAACUACCCAAGCUACCGAUCCGCUCCAAGCCGAUCUCGACAUCGACACCCGUAUCUACAACAAAGCUGCGACCAGCAUCUGAUGUGCUCAACCGCCUACGCUGGGAUUCAAACCUCGAUCCAGCAGAGUACAUCAUCGGCUACGAGGACCGGUUCCUAGGUGCAAAGGAGUCCAGUCUUGAGAAGUGGAAGACUGAGCAAACAGACGAAGAGUUCAUCCCGCAGCAUCGCAUCUUGUACUUCCGACGGAAGUUCAACGACGAGAGUGACGGGAAGGGAGAGCUGGUCUGGGAGCGCAAAACACGAAUCGACAAAGUCUUCGGCAGUGGAGCUGGUUCUGGUGUAUUAAGCCAAGAACGUGGCUUGUAGUCUGCAUAGGUCCUGCAUCCGCUUCGGCUGAUACUGCCACUGGAGGCAGUCGCUGCUGCCUCACACUCAUCGAGAUGACGUCAGCGCAUUUAGCUUAAUAAGAAGCAAUAAUACAAAGACGUGC